AUGUCUUUCUUCAAGAAGCUCACCAAGGAGUUUGAGGAGCUCAAAACCUCCUUCUCCGACGACAAGCCUGCCGAGAAGAAGGACGACCAGCAGCAGAAGACUGGUGAACGCGGCUACGGUGAUCAAUCGCAGCAGCAGCAGUACGGUGGCUACGGCGGCGCUCCCCCCUCCAACAACCCCUACCCCUCGCAGGCACAGCCUCAGUCCGGCCCGGGCUACGGAUACGGCAGCCAGCCCAGUUACGCCCAGACACCGCCUCCGGCUCCUCAGUCCGCCGCGCCCCCAAUGGCCGCCCCACCCGUCUCGAGCGGCUGGCUCGUCCAGUGGGAUACCAACAACAACCGCUGGUUCUACGUCGACCAAAGUACCGGCCGUUCUCAGUGGGAGCACCCGUCCCCUCCUACCGGCCCCCAGGGCGGAUCCUCCUACGCCCCGCCUCCCGUCCCUCCGUCCGACACUAGAGCUUUCGGAGGCGACCAAGGCCAGGGCUACGGCGGCGCUGCUCCCUAUGGUCAACCCUCCUAUGGCGGUGCUCCUUCUCCCUACGGCGGUGCUCCUUCUCCCUAUGGCGGUGCUCCUGCUCCCUACGGCCAGGCACCUUACGGCCAGCAGGGUGGUACCAACCCCUACGACGAUAAGGACAAGAAGAAGAGCAACAGCAGCGGCAUGCUCCUCGGCGCUGCCGGUGGUCUUGCCGUCGGUGCUGUUGGUGGCGCCCUGAUCGCGAACGCCCUUGAUGACUCGGAUGACGAGCGGAAGGCCGCCGCCGCCGCACCUGCUCCUCAGCCUCAGUACGGCGGCUACCAGGACCCCUACGCCGACCCCAACAUGCCUCCGGCUGUUCUCCCCGCCACUGACGCAGACGGCUCAUCGGUCUCGUCCAGUGACCGCGAGGAUGUUCAGGAUGCCAGAGCGGAGUAUGAAGAGGCUCUUGCUGCCGCCGCCGACUCGGACGCCAGCAGCAGCGACCACGAGCGCCUCGAGGAGGCCAGAGAGGAGUACGAAGAGACGUAUGAGGAGGUGUACGGUGACGACUAA